CGAUCAGAGCGGAGAGCACGAUGAAAUCGGCGCGUAUACAAGCGCGCGCUAAUUACCGACGACGAAAAUUAGCGGUUAAUAUACACGCGUACACGUACGGGGAACGGGGGGUGGUUUGAUUGGGCCAAUUCGAGGCAAUUCCUGGCGAUUGCUGAUUUCAUUGAGCUUGCGCUUAAGAGUGGUUGGCUCAGUACUACGCCAACUGUCGGCCAACAGAGACACGGAUCUCUUCCUCGGGACGACGAAGGUACCGUGUGCACCUUUCGCGAUCUCGAUCGUUCGAUCAACGAGCGAAUCUCACGUUUCGCAGUUCCGCAUCGAUUUUUUCCUAUCUCGCUCGUCCGUCAAGAAAAGUUUGUUGUGCGAAAAUAUCGCGCGACUUCCAAAUCUGUAUUUAGCUGACAACGGAAGAUGAAGAGAGAAAGGGUGAAGAAGGCAAAGACGAAGAGGAAUACGAGGACGGAGAAGUUGUUGACUGAUGUUACGAAAUGUUGCACGUGUCGCGGCUGUUGCUCACCUAGAUGACAGUAACUUAUAAUCGGAAAGGAGAGAAAGGAUUUUAAUUGCGGAGAUCGACAGGAGAUUUACACAUACUUCGCUGUGCUGCAUGCGCCUGAAAAGUUUCAAUGAUUACAAAAAUGACACAACCUAACCAAGAGAAGAACAAGAGGAGUGUAAGGGCACGUCGGAAUUCACGGCAGGAUGGGAGGUCGGAAGAAGAGGGAGGAGGGAGGCAGAAAUAAUGGAGAAGGGGGACCAGUCGCUCACAGGCCACGGGGGACCAGCGGAGACGGUGAAGCGAGGAGAACGACGAUGUUGGACCAUGAGAGGCAGCAUCACCGCGCCCGCAUGAAGCAGGAUUGGCCGGGGCCCCGGGUAUGGGGGCGGUCUGGGCCGGCGUGACGCGGAAAAUAUAAGCCUGUGUGAGUGGCGGCUGAUUAGCCAGAGGCUCGGGACGUAGAGUAGUGGCGAGAGUGUCCCGAUAGAGAGAAGAGAGGACGGACGUCGUUCUCUCGUUUCGAGGGAGACGUCGGUCGUCGGUUCGGUCCAGUUCUUCCAAGGUCCGCCGCGAAUAAUCGGCCGGCGCAUCGCGCGAGUUAACGCCGCUUAAAACUAAUCAAAAUUAAUCAUAACCCAGGCAACAAUUGAUCGCAAUUGCCGCGCGCGCUCCAUUACGGGCAAUCGGGCAACGCCGAUCCUCUUCCCUUUUUUUUCUACCGGCGGGAAGCGGAAAGAAUCACGGAAGAGUCCCGAAUGCCGGGCGUGAUCGAUGCUAAGGUGUGAAGGCGGUGAUCUCAUUGGCCGUUCUUGGAUUUCAAUUUAACCGCGUCGAUCACUCGACGCUCCCGAAGAUGUGAAAUUGACGGAAGAGCUUCGGAAAGGAAGGGCUUCACACGGAAGAUAAUAGAAGUGAGUUGUGAUAACCUGCCGCAAGUUGGACGAAAUUGAUUAAAUCGGAAAUCAAGAGUCGAAGUUCUGCAAGUCUGUUGAUUACGACUUUUUAGACCCAACGUCAGUGCCAGCUGAACGCGGGAUGGAAAUGAACAUUCUAAUACGAGAGAGUUAGCAAAUAAUAAUUAAUUGAUAAUCAAUCAAAACUAACAUCUCAGAAAUAAACUUCCUCGGUGUUUCUCAUCUUCGGAUUGAUAGUGACGUAUCUUUCUGCGACUGAAAAGGAUAUUGCUUCAUAGAGCGAACAUCGAAAUUUCGCACUUUGACGAAACGCGCAAAUUGAUCCCUUGAGAAAGGUUUCCCGUUUAAGGGAUUACGAAAGAAAUUGUCGAAGAUGGACGGCGCACCCUCGUGGGACGAUCCGAUAUUCUCGGACUUUGGGACGCGCGGCGGAACCACCGGGGCUCACAGUAUCCAGGUGAUGCUGAGCUUGCAUGGAGGCGGCGGCCAUCACGGAAGUGGCGACCUAAUGCCGACCGGCGGCGGUCAGCUCCACAAGCUGGACUCGUCCAACAGUCCGUCGCCGCACCAUCAGGCCGCAUCGCAGCAUCAUCAUCUGCAGCAACAGCAGCAGCAACAGCAGCAGCAGAAGGAACUCAAGGAGCUCGAGCUGUCCGGCAUGUAUGCGCCGCUUCCGCCGCAGACUCAGGACGUUACCACCUCGACGUCUACCAGCGUCACACCGACUUCGACGAGUCUUCAGCAGGGUUUGCAACUCGGCAAUGCGCUCAAGAGGAAACCAGAUGAUCCGAUCAAUGCGCUCGCGCCAGUCAGCAGCGAGACGCAGCCAGCUAAGAAGGACUCGAAAAAGAAGACUGACAACAAUAACAUCAAGAAGAAAAAGACGAGAACAACUUUUACGGCUUAUCAAUUGGAGGAAUUGGAAAGAGCUUUCGAACGAGCGCCUUACCCUGACGUUUUCGCGCGCGACGAACUCGCGUUGAAGCUUGCUCUGUCAGAGACUCGCGUGCAGGUGUGGUUUCAGAAUCGCCGUGCCAAGUGGCGGAAGAAGGAACCGCCGCGCAAGACCGCUGGUUACAUGGCUGCAGGUUCCGCCAGUCCCGGUCUGUCAGGCUCCUUCACGUCGCUCAACAACACCCUGAACCCGUUCGCAUCGCCGACGACGGCGGCGGCACCGCCGGACGCCUGGGCCGCGUACUCGCCGGCGGCGUAUGAUCUGGCGCCGCAUUUGAACCUGCUGAGUCCAUCUAACUCACCGUACUCGACCGCGGCGGCGGCGGCCGCGGGUUUCGGCAACAACGGCAGUGUCUCGUACUCGUCGUACGCAAGCAUGCUGCCGACGCAGCACGACGCCGCGCUGUUCACCACGCCGGCUGCCGCUGGCAACACCAUGCGAGUCCACCAGGACUACAUGAACCCCGGAGGCGGCAGCAGUCCGCCUCCACCUGGGUCUCUCACCCGCGCCGACUAUCAGACCAUGGUAACGACGCACUCGCCGCCCACUCACCUGGGCAACUCCAUGUCCGAGGAUGAGCACGGUGGCUGCCUCGCGGACAAGUACGCGCACGACCAGGCUACAGCCGAUUACGGUCAGCAACAGCAGCAGCCACCACAACCGCCGACCGAUCAGAAACAGGACUACGGCAUGCACUCGCCGCAGGCGCGCCAGGCCAUGAAGGAUCAGGUCAUGGUCAAAAGCGAGCCCGGCAGUCAACCGAGUUACGUGCAGCUGCCUCCUUUUCUGAACUGACUCGCGGCCUCCUCCGCUCUAGAUCUCUUCUAGGCGACUUUUGCGAUCUGUCCGCGUUUCAUCACGAGCGUGAGGAGUAUUAGGUCCUGGACUUGUAGAUCGCAUUACUUUGAUCGGGCUCGCGCCGGUGCUAUUUACAUCGUAGUUCUUGAUGGCGAACGAGCAAAAUUCAAUAUAGGAUUGAAAUUGGAAUCGAUAGAUUUUAUUGAAAAAGUCAUUUCCUUAUAAGUGCUAUAAUAUUAUUUAAUAUUAAAUACAAUCCUGAAAUAUUAUUUAAUAUUAAUAAAAAGUCGUUAUUUGUCCACUUCUCAUAAUAUAUGAAUAUUAUGUAAGAAGUAAAUAAUAUUAUUUACUUCAAUAUUUUAAAUUAUCGGGAAUAUUAUAACUUUCAAAUGUAAUAAUUAUAAAGUUUGUGAAUAUUUUAUGCAAAUCUAAUUCACAUUAAUUUUUGAUCACAAAUAAUUGUAAUUCAUAGAAUAUUUUCAUAGUAUUCCACGAAUAUUGAAAUAAUAUAUCACGAAUAUUAUUUCAAAUAAAUACAACAUUAUUACAAUAAUCUCGUAAUAUUAAAAAAUAUUAGAUUCUAAGAAUAAUAUUCUCGGAAUAUUAUCUUAAUAUUAUUUUAAUUUUUAAUAUUUGUAUAAUAUUCGAAGAAUAUUGUAGCGCUUAUAGGAUUAAAUUGUGAGCAUCGAUGAAAUCCCGAUCAGCAUUUCGAUUUUACGAAAGAAUACAAAUUAAUAAUAAUAAGUCCUAGAAUCUCGAGCUCGAAUUAUUCGCGUUGCGACAGCCGCGAUAUUUCUGUACUUGUUGCUUGGGUGAUCGCGAGUGACGCGUUGCUUUACGCGUGAGGAUUCAGCCAAACUUCAAUUAACUUAAUCGGCAAUUAACAAGUGAUAUCUACAGUAUUUUAAAGAUAAUUAACAAUAUAGAAUUAUCAAUUCUUUAUUGUUUGAUACGUAGAAAAGAAAAUUAGAGAUUCGAGACAACAAAUUGUAUAGUUAAAAACUUUUCUAUCAGAUUAGAUCGCCGAUUAAAUCAUUGAAGUCGAAGCCUCAUAGCUCGUUUCUAUUAAUGUAGAUUAAUUUUAAUAUUAAAUUAACUUUUUUCAUCUGUUAUUAAUUCAUAAAACUAGAAAAAUAUAAAAAAUAAGUUUAAUUAAAAUUAAAGUUCAUCUACAUUUGUAGAUAAACUUUAAUUUUAAUUAAAAUUAAAGUUAAAGUUCGUCUACAUUUGUAGAAAUAGAUGUAAGUCGAUUGAGCAUCUAUGUAUGAGAGAGAAUAUUGAAGAAAACAGGAUAUAAAAAAAUAUCUCAAGGAUAUAAAAUAUUUUAUUUAACAAAAGGGAUAUAUAUAUAUACAUAUUUAUAUAUAAGAGUUCUAUUUUCGCUGCUCUAAUAACUUCAUCUCUCGCGCGAUUAAUGUAUGGCCGCAAACAGAUUUGCCUAGAAAAUGAAAAUUUAAAUAAAAAAUUAACUCACUUGGAGCGGCAUCUCACGGUGAUUUCCCAUUCAAAAAACUUCCUGUGGAUAAAGAUAAAAGGAUAUUUUGGUAAUGGAAAUACUUUUAUAACGUUAUACUCAUUUAUAUUAUUAAUAAUUAUCUUUAAAAAAUUUAAAAAAAAUUUUUUUCUGAAUCUGAUUCAGCUAAUGAGACAGAAAGAGGGCGAGCAUAAACCAAAUGUACUACUAGAUUUGUAAUACACUUCGAGACAACUUUCUAUGCCUUAAAUAAUUAAUGCCUUACGUGCAGUGCCUUUUUCUUGUAUUAGAAAAGAAUAAAUCUUAAUCCAAAUAAUCCCGCUUUGUGUAUCUCGCAAUAUUCCAUUUCUAUAUAAAAAUAAAAAUAAUUUAUAAUAAAUGAAGAACGAGGCAAAAAAAUUUAUAUAUCAUGUAUGUGUAUUCGCAGUAUUCAAAUUUUAUACGAAUAAUAUGCAAAGAUCAUUUGUCAUAAACUAACGAUUUCGAUUUAACAUAUAAAUAUUUCUCGCAUUGAUUUUUCAUUUUGUAGCCUUGUUUGGGGCGAAUUACUGUAUUUUUUUGCGCCAUUUUUACAUACGUUACAUAUGUUAUAAAUAUGCAAUCUUUGUUCUCUGUAACAUGAAUCACUGUAAGAUAUUCUGUACAAGUAAAAAUGUUUAUGUACAUUA